UCCGGUUCCGGCGGGCGCCGGGCACGAAACUCCAAGAGGUGGGCAAGGGCUAAGCGAUGCCCCUACACAAGUACCCGGUGUACUUGUGGCGGCGGCUGCGCCUGCGGCAGGGCAUCUGUGCACGUCUGCCCGCGCACUUUCUGCGCUCGCUGGAGGACGAGCGGACGCCUGCCCCUGUGCACUACCGGCCUCACGGGGCUGGGUUCAAGAUCAACCCCAAGAAUGGGCAGCGGGAGCGCGUGGAGGACGUACCCAUCCCACUUUACUACCCCCCGGAGUCCCAGCAGGGGCUGUGGGGCGGCGAAGGCUGGAUCUUGGGCUACAGAUAUGCCAACAACGACAAGCUCUCCAGCAGGGUGAAGAAGGUAUGGAAGCCCCAGCUGUUCCAGCGUGAGCUCUAUAGUGAGAUACUAGACAAGAAGUUCACUGUCAUGGUGACAAUGCGGACUCUGGAUCUCAUUGACGAGGCCUAUGGGUUUGACUUCUAUAUCCUCAAGACUCCAAAGGAGGACCUGUGCUCUAAGUUUGGCAUGGACCUGAAGCGCGGAAUGCUGCUGAGACUUGCCUGUCAGGACCCCCAGCUGCACCCUGAUGACCCUGAGCGAAGGGCAGCCAUCUAUGACAAGUACAAGAGCUUUGUCAUCCCAGAGGAAGAGGCUGAAUGGGUCGGCCUGACUCUAGAGGAGGCUGUGGAGAAGCAGAGGCUCUUGGAGGAGAGGGACCCUACCCCCCUGUUCAGAGUCUACGUAGAGGAGCUGGUCGAGCGGCUUCAGCAGCAGGCACUGUCGGAGCCUGCAGUGGUGCAGAAGAGAGCCAGCGACCACAUCUGACUGCCUUCCUUGCUGGGUCUUUAGCAGUGUGGCCAUAGCUAGGUGGCCCCAAGGGUCACCUGUGGACAGUGGGUGAAUUAUGGUUAGCAUGUGCUGGCUACACAGCUCCUGGAGUAAGAUUUUAGAAGGCCCAUCUGUCCCAGAAGGCCUGGAACCAAGCAGAGGUCUGUCCAGGAGGGAAAAGCACUUGCACUGUUUGUUGAACUGAUGGGGCUGGGAACAAGUAAAGUCUGAGCCAGCUGUG